GAUUUGCAGGAUCUCUCACCUGAACAUGGGCAUUACCUGUUAAGCCUUCUCUACUUGCCGAGCGCCCCUUCGACCGCUGUGGACCAUAUCAAUGAGCGCUUGACGGACGACCUUGACUUUACCGAACUUGACGAACCAUGGCUGGUAACCUGUCGCUCAUACAGAGACCAGGUUGCAAUGCGCCAACGGGCAGCUGCAAACUCUGGGCCUAAGGCGGGCUCCAAUUCCUCAUAUGUCCCGAAAAUACAGUACCUCCUUACAUUUGGGCAUGUAGAAAAAAUGUUUUCCAUGGUUGCGACAAUGGGUGGACGACGAACGGGGGAGAAUGCGGGAAAGGGAGAAACAGGAAUAGUGGUGGAAGUGGAUAGGGAUUUUGAACUUAUAUUAACAAAGUUGAAGAAUCUCUGGACAAAGCGACAGGAGGUUGUCGUGGAGGGUAUUGCAUACGAGCACGGUGACUAUAUCAUACGAAUAGGCUCCAUGCGAAUAGGCGGUGAGCUAGUGAGAGGCCUAUUCGUGCAGGCAGAGAAUGUGAAGUUGGAAGGAUCCUCUUCGGCAGCCCUGCCGGGACUUCGGGGUGUUCUGCGGGGUGCUCUGCAAGGAAUACCUGGAAUCAGCGACAUCGAGCUGACUUUGGCGUUACAUGGACGAAGCAUGAGAAAGCAGGCAAGCGCGCUGAAUGCCGAAGAAAGCGCUAACAAGCUGGGAGCUCUGAAAAAAACUGAAAGUAUGACUAUGCCGACCAAACGGCCAGCGGAUGUAGCGAUAAGAGACCCGAAACGUCCGCGUAUCCAAAUACCCGAGGCAGAUUUAGAUGGGAAUGAUUGGCAUGAAUAUGCAGCGGUUCGAUUACGAGAGGACGAGUUCACACGGGCGCAUGAGGCGUACCAAUUUUUUCGGCUGUUCAGGCAGGAGGGCUUAUUAUGAGAGAAAAUGUUUUGUUUCUUGUGUUACCACGCUCUAGUGCGCUGCAUCUUCUGCUUUAUGUUUAUCGAAUCGCUCCGGUUCGCUAGCCAGUCACGUAGCAAACUUUACCCGGUCUUACUUGUACAUUAAUGUAUUCUUAUAUGCUAUUUACAAAUUCAAUUAUAGUUACAUGAUACAGAUAUCCAAAA